AUGGUCACAUGGUCAUUUACUGAGGUUCAGUGUUAUAAGCUAAAUAUUAAUGGUGCGUCAUUGCAUAAUCAUGGUUUCGCAAGAAGGGGUGGGGUUAUAAGAGAUAGCAAUGGCGGAUUUGUGACAACAUUCGCUAAACACUUUGGAGUUGCGUCUAAUAAUUAUACAGAAUUUCAGGCUCUUGAGGAAGGUAUUCUCUUAGUUAUCCAAAUGAGUUGCUUCUCGAUACAGAUAGAAAGUGAUUCAUCUUUGCUAGUAGAUGCUAUUCAGGAUCAUUGCAGUGCCCCUUGGAAAUUACGAACGAUAGUUGACAAUUGUCGUUCAAGGCUCUCGGUACAUAUGUGGACUAUUACUCAGGUUUUUUGCGAGACGAAUAUGGUAGCUGGUGCUUUCGCUAAGCAGCAUCUGCUUAUGCAG